ACUCAACUCAUCCUAAUUUGGUUGCUUUCUUCACGCGCAAUACUUUCACAUCUAGCUUGGCUUGUUCUGCACUGCUGGGGCUCCUAUACCCAUCACCCGCCACAAGAAGUCGACGAUCGGAUCGUCACACGAUCACUAAUGGGGAUGUUUGAAGACCGAUCGAACCUUGACGUGACAUCCGUGCUUAUGCUCUUGGGCGAAGCUACGAUUUGGAAAGUCGUUUGGUCUCGAUUUCGCUCUCGUCGGACUCACUGGAAGCAAUGGCUAUUCCCCAUAUCGCCCGGUUGGACUCCACUCGCAGGAUCGCUAUUUGCUGCAAUGAAUCGGUCGGCCGGCCCACCGAAUCUGAUUUUCGAUCGCCCCCCUGAAGGUGCCAUAACGGACGGCUUGAUCCUAACGAACCUCGAUUCGGGGGCAAGUCAUAAUGCUUCAAAUAUCAUCCUGCAAAACAUUUGGCAGGUAUGGAGCAAAGGUCCUCGCGAAGAGCGUCGUUUGCAAUCCGUCGACGAAAAAUACAGCGUCACACGAGAGGUUGGAGUGGUGGAUGUCGAUAUCUCUGCACUACGUUUGCAAGAUAGCUGGGAAUUUUGGCUGCAAUGCUUUUGCUUGAUGGCACAGCUUACCAUAUCAUUUGUGCUGGGCUUCUUUAACUGGACAUUUGAGGUAUUCGUAGCAUUUAUGAUCGCCAUAGUUGGACAAGGCCUUCUUUUAGCAUCGAUAACCCCACGAUACGAGGCUUGGAACCAUAGGCUUUAUAAUAUUCACUACCCAAGCCCUAUGGUCUUGCAUCGGGGAUAUGAUAGCAUGGAGGUACUUAUCAUCCGAGAAGCAAAGUUAGACGGCACAGCUAUUAGCUUGGAAGAGUUCUGUUGGGAUAGUCAAGCUCUACGAGACACAACGGACUUGCUAAGACUAUUUACUUCUGGGUUAUCGUUUAUUGUCUUGGCUUUUCAGAUCGUUAUAAUCGGAUGGAUGAAUAUUCGAAGUCGGCAGUUGUAUUUUGCUCUUGGUGGUUUUGGCCUUAUCACAAAUGCCAUCGAAGCUGCGUCUCAACCGCGGUGGUUAGCCAAUUCCAAAGAGGCCAUUUCUGGGGUACCCACUUGUGCUCAACCAAAGAGCUCCCUUAUGGGUGCGGUAGGAGUCCUUCUGGCAGGAGACUACGCUGCAGCUCAUGUAGUAGCAAAAAUGUUAUACCCGGAUAAUAAUCGAUUUCGAAGAACCCGCGAAGAUAUUACCAAAACCCUCAAGCAUUGUCUCUGCGCCAACUGCCAGAUGUUGUUCAAUAAGGGUUUCGUGGAUGAUCUGCCUUGUUUGCGCAAAAGGGAAGGAGAGUCCACUGGUUCUUGCUCCGAAGCUUUGCUGUCGAAAAUCUCGGAGCUAGAAGAAAAGCAAUUGAAGGAUGCACUGGCCGCCGUCUACCAUUAUCUUCACUCAACGCGGAAAGAGAGAAUCCCGCUGUCCAGUUAGAGACGGCUUGAACCUAAGAUUAGUCACAGAUGGUAGAUCUUCAUUUAUUCAAAUGAUGUCUAUGAUUAUAUUGUAUUAGGAAAUAUAACUUCUUGUACCUCUACUGCCACACUUCGCUUAAUGCAUCGCUCUACUGUCCUUACUUUGCUUGCUUUCCUUUCACCAUAUCAUGAUCUGAUACCCUAGGCCUACCUCAACCCAAAGGGCAUUUAAUUAUGACCGAAUCCUUUCCAUAACCUUUCUCAUAAGAUAUUGCUCGUUGAGCUGCUAAAUACAUGUGCUAGAGUCCGGCUACA